UAAGAUGAAAGGAAUUUCGAAUAAGGAAAACGGGUAGCAACAACGGUCCAACUGUAUUUAGCAAGGAUAGGAACAGAGGCUCGAUCGGGCAUGUGGCGUGUAAUCGACGAGAUCUUUGCUAUCGGUCACGCCAACUAUCCGCCAACAUCUCGGAUAGUCGAGGCGGUAUAACCCGUGGUAUACGCCGGUGUAGAAUCUCGCUCGGUGAAUCGUGGAUUUCGCUGCGGGCGCGAUCUUUGGCACCACGCGAAAGUGGUGUUCGAAGAGCGAAGUGCGCAGCGGCGGAGGUUUAUGGUUGGCCGAGGACGCGACCGCGGUUAAGGGAAUCGGAGGACCUGUGUUGCAAGCCGGCAGGGGGGAUGCAACGGUCAGUGAGCGAUCGGCCCUCCUAUCUGCAUCUUUGGCACGAGUUUUUGAAUAAACAGCCCAAGCGUUUGCCGGCUGAAAAUCCUUUUUACAAAUCGACCGGUAUUAUGAAUGUCUCGACCGUUUUUCCGGAAGGAGUCGGUGAAACGGAGAGGUCGCAGCGUCACGCAUCAGCGAGCGUAAAGGAUGACGAGGACGUUCAGGAUAGAUUUAAUCGCGCGAAAGAUUUCGUCGGCCUCGAAGAGGUGACGAAGGUCGAGUUUUUGGUGAUGCUGUUAGCCGAAACCCUGGGAACCUUUCUUCUCGUGCUGAUCGGAUGUGCAUCCUGCAUCACGUGGACGGCCAGCAAUCCUCCAACGGUGGUUCACAUAGCGUUCACAUUUGGCCUCGCGGUCGCCAGCCUAGCUCACGUGUUGGGUCCGGUCUCGGGAUGUCACGUGAAUCCAGCUGUAUCGAUGGGCCUUUUGGUGAGCGGAAACUGCAGCUUUCUAAAGACGGUGUGCUACAUUGUUUGCCAGUGUUGUGGUGCAAUCGCGGGUUCGGGAGUUUUGAAGUUAUUGAUCCCUAAAGAAGCGAUCGGCCAGGGUCUAGGCGCCACAGGGCUGGGCGAAAAAGUGAGCGAAAGCCAAGGCAUCUUCAUGGAGGCGAUAAUCACGUUCCUCCUCCUUCUGGUUGUCCACGCGGUCACAGACCCGAAGAGGACCGACACGAAGGGUUGGGCACCGUUGGCCAUCGGGUUGACCAUCACUGUUUCCCACAUGGCAGCUGUACCCGUGACGGGAAGCAGCAUGAAUCCCGCGAGAACGCUGGGUCCGGCUGUCAUACUCGGCGAGUGGAAGAAUCUUUGGGUAUAUUGGAUCGGGCCGAUAAUCGGCGCUUGCGCAGCCGGUGUAUUGUACAAAAUGGCGUUCAGGCGUAAAAAGGAGGACGACGAAGCUUCCUAUGAUUUUUAAAAUUUUCUGAUUAAUAGAAUUUGUAAAUGUAAAUAUCGUUUUUUGAUAUGCGUUCUUUGUUAUUUUCUUUUCCUUUUCGAAAUUAACGAUGAGAUAAUAGGCAUUUUCGUAAGAAUAGUGAAAUUGUGAAUUGGAUCGGGAUAGGUUAUGUCGAGUGUUUUGCUUUAAAUUAAAAAAAAAAAAAUUCGUGUUCUUUAUGUGUGUGCUCGUAACUGACAAGACAGGGUAUAUUUAUAUAUACGUUUCGCUUAUUUGCAUAUGUCCGUGAAAAAAUAAGAAGAGGAAACAAGUCAAUUAAGAUUUAACGACGAUUUGAAUUAUGGAAACUCGGGUUAAUUAAUUCGAGGAAAUAGUUAUAUCUGAUUUGCUCUUUCACUUUUUCUCUCUCUCUCUCUCCUAUUUGAAACGGGAGAAACGUAAAUCUCGUUGAGUAUAAAAUUUUGUUGUUGUUAAUGAUAUAAUUAAUUAACGAUGAAACUGUUUAAUAUCCAUCAUGUAUUCUGUUAGAUUAAUAAGAGAUUAAUUAACAUAAAUGUUGACUCUAAAUUGGUAAAAUUAAUAUAUUUUAAUAUAUUUAUUACGUAUAAUUUAUAAGAUUUCGAUUUUUAAUAUUAAUCGAUGCUCGUCAUACUUAUUAAAUUGCGAUUUCAUUCGAUCAAAUAAUCUCACGAGAAAAAUGUUAUCACACUUAUAUUAUAUAUUUCGUACAUCGAUAUUUUGUACCUUGCUUAAAUUUUGUAUAUACUGUACUUAAAUUAUAUAGCUUGUAAGAUUCCACGUAUAAAUAUAUGUGUUUAUAUUGCACGCUAUACAUAUAUAUAUGUACAUAAAUUAUUCUUUUCUCAGACAUAUAAAAUGAUUCUGGUUAAUAAAUUAUUUAAUCUA